GCCAUCAAUGUAUAUUUUUGAGCCACUCCUGGCCGGAAGAAAAUGUCACUAGACGGAGUCCUAGUAACACGAAGGUUGGAAUGUUGUGUAAAUAGGGAGAGAGAAGAAUGGUCUCGCUCAAUCAUCAGUCAGGGAGUCUCACAUCGGUCCGUAGGCGUCAUCAUGGUGUGUGGGCCGGAGCGUUUUUGAGAGACGACCAGUUUGUUUUCAGUCGAUAAGAGGUGUGGGCAUUUACGUUAUUAUGGUGAUGCUUUCGGGGGGAGUGGCGGUGCUCGUGCUACGGAAUAUCGCUAUGGGGACAACCGUCGGCGAUACGCAACGUACAAUUACGAAAUAAGUUUUGAAAAACGGAACGAUAUUACGACGGACGCGUACAAUGUCGAGUACAGGACGAGUAUUUCUCUUACGUCGAUUCGAGUGGGCUCGCAAAUGGACGGCGGUUUUGUUAUGGGUGUUAUACGUGAUCCUAUUGAACCCUACGAGUGCCGACUUGAUAUCGUAUGGUAGCAAGGAUAAUCAGUGUCCCGUCGAGUGUUCGUGCCUUGGGAAUGUAGUCGAUUGCAGUAGCUUACAAUUGAUCGGAGCACCCAGCGGUCUACCACCAUGGACAGAGAUCUUAGAACUAAGAGAGAAUACUAUAGCUAGUUUGGAGUAUGAUGCACUGUUACAUUUAACUAAGCUCAAAGAAUUGGACCUCAGCGCCAAUAAAUUUGGAGAUAAUUUUACGAUUACGCUGUCGCAAAAUACACAAUUACAGGGACUUAAAAUAAAUAAGAAUCAAUUGACACGAGUGCCGGAUUUGAUUUUUGUGAACAACUUAACCCAUCUUGCAUUAGCUCACAACUCAAUCAGCGAUAUAAACGGAAGCGCGUUGUUGAGUUUACAACAGCUUCAAAGUCUGGACCUCAGUGGAAAUAAAAUAAGCACAAUAAAACAUGGAUCUUUCCUUGUUCCUAAUUCUCUUACACAUUUAAAUUUAAAUAUGAAUCACAUAAGAGUAAUUGAAAAUGGAAGUUUGGAUAACUUGACUUCAUUAGAAGAAUUACGUUUGAAUAAAAAUCAACUCACCCAACUCAAAGAUCUCUUUACGAAUUUGAAAAAAUUGCAAAUUUUAGAAAUUAAUAGGAAUGAUAUACAAACGAUACAAGGACUUAGUCUUAGGGGUUUAAAAAACCUUAAAGAAUUACGCUUAAAGAGAAACAAAAUCGAAGUAUUAGACGAUGGCGCGUUCUGGCCGCUCAAAAAUUUGACUGUUCUGCAACUUGACUUUAAUUUGUUAAGUACAGUGAGGAAAGGGGGACUGUUUGGCUUGGAACGUUUAGAGAAAUUAACGUUGUCUCACAAUCGAAUACGAACGAUAGAAGCGCAAGCAUGGGACUUAUGCAAAGAAAUUAUAGAAUUAGAUCUCUCGCACAAUGAAAUAACUUCCAUAGAACGAGGCACGUUCGAUUUUUUAGAAAAAUUGGAAAAGCUCAAAAUGGAUCACAAUCAAAUUACGUAUAUUUCAGAUGGAGCGUUCAGUUCAACACCCAAUUUACAGAUAUUGGAACUCAACUCUAAUAAACUUUGGUAUAUGGUGGAAGAUAAUAACGGCGCUUUCGGUCCACUGGGACAAUUGUGGAAGCUAGGUCUAGCGCACAAUAGAAUAAAAUCGGUGAAUAAAAAAGCGUUUACCGGAUUGAACAGCGUAACCGAACUAGAUUUAACUGGUAACAAUGUAACGAGUAUUCAGGAAAAUGCGUUCGUUUCGAUGACCAGUUUAACUAAACUUAGAAUGAACUCGAGGGCCUUAGUUUGCGAUUGCGGAUUGCAGUGGCUAAGUAUGUGGUUGCGGGAUCACAGAUACAGCGACGCGGAAGUGUAUUGUGGGUAUCCGCAUUGGUUGCAGGGUAUGUCGUUGACGCAGCUCCAUCAUAAAAACUUCACGUGCGAUGAAUAUCCUAAACCGAGAAUCAUCGAGGAACCCAAAAGUCAGAUGGGUAUUAAAGGAGACAAUGUAACGAUGACUUGCCGUGCGACAAGUACCGCCAAUGCACCGUUGCAAUUCACGUGGAAGCAUGACAACGUUGAAAUGGAAAGCGGCAACGUACAAAUAAAUACAGACUCGAAGGAGAGCAGCGGUGUAACAGAGGCUUUCUCUGUUUUACAUCUUACCAACGUUACGCACGACGAUGCUGGAAGAUAUCAAUGCAUGGUCACGAACAAUUACGGAACAACGUAUUCCGGGAAAGCGAAGAUAAGCAUUUUAAUUUAUCCAUCCUUCUCGAAAAUUCCCCAUGACAUACGCGUGACCGCUGGAAGCACUGCUCGUCUUGAAUGCUCUGCGGAUGGGCAUCCGUCACCACAAAUAGCAUGGCAAAAGGAUGGCGGGAACGACUUCCCAGCAGCACGGGAAAGAAGAAUGCACAUGAUGCCUACCGACGAUGUAUUGUUCAUCGUAGAUGUCAAAACCGCCGAUAGCGGCAUUUACUCUUGUACUGCGCAAAAUCUCGCAGGCCUUAUCAUUGCAAAUGCUACUCUAACUAUAUUAGAAACGCCGUCAUUCGUGAAGCCGAUGGAGAAUAAAGAAAUCAUGGUUGGUGGUUCGAUCGUGUUGGAGUGCAUGGCGAGCGGCAUGCCUAGACCAAAGUUAGCUUGGCGCAAAAACGGAAAUCCUCUACAGGCCACCGAGCGUCACUUCUUUACCGCCGAAGACCAAUUGUUGAUCAUUGUCAACACUAUCACUAGUGACGCUGGCGACUACGAAUGCGAAAUGAGCAACUCUUUGGGCAGCGUCGUUGGUGCGUCCCAUCUCACGGUGAAACCAGCUCCUACUUCUAGUCCUGCCGCAGUAAACGAAGACGACAUACUGGGUUUAAUAAUAAUCACCGUGGUAUGUUGCGCCGUUGGUACGUCCAUAGUGUGGGUGGUUAUAAUUUACCAGACAAGAAGGCGCUUGAACGUGGUCGUGCAAAAUGGAAACCCUCAACCGUCGACGGCCAUCGUGACUGUAGUGUCAGACACGCAAACACAUUUGUAUAUGGAGACGAGUUCGCAGCAUAGCAAAGACAGCGGGACGGGGGACAGUACUAAUCCUAGUAACGAUCAGUUACAACUAUGUUUACCUGAGGAGAUUGUUACCUGUUCUGUGACUAACGAAGAAGAAACGGGAGCUGUAAACGUUGUGGCUCCAUUGCUGCGUUACACGAACCACGAGCGGCAUGUGCGCGUGAACGACGACUGUGCGGUUUGAAACCAGUGAGGAUCUCCGGCGAGCAAAUACGUCACGUUUCUGAAACGAGUAUUUACGUUAAUAUGUUUUGAAACAAAAGGAUUCUAAUAUGAUCGUCGCGACGGAUCAAGGACAUGGAAGGAUCGGUCGUUCGACGAUCCGUUUAUGUUUCGUGGGUGAUGCAUCAUCGACAAACCGAACAAUUUCUCGGUCAUCGCGCAACAAAGUAUUUAUUACCAUACUUACAAUUCAUUCUAUUCGCGUAACUGCACGAAUAUCGGUAAGUACAAGUGAUAGCGAGAAAAGCACGUCUCAUUGUCGUAUUUAUUAUCGAAACGAGCGUCACGCGAGCGCCAGGCGUGGAGAGGCGUAAAAAUGAAAGUACUAAUGACGUAUGAUUUGUAAAUAAUUAGGAUUAAGAAAUUUCGUCGUAAUUUUUACUCGGUGUCGUUGAGAGGAAAAAUCAUGCGACCGCGACCGAUAAUAUCGGGAUAUAUACCGUAAGACGCAAGAGCCACUUAUUAUUAUAGACCAGUCUUUUGUGAUAGAUAUUUAUUUUAGGAUUACGUGAACUAUUAGAUGGUUAUAUUCAUAAUGCCCGAUGAUGUAACUUUGUCUAAAAAAAAAGAGAGAAAAGAAAUAAGAUAAAGAUGGAACGAAAAAGAGAAACACGUACACACACCCUCUGCGCACACGUUUAUUAUACAUAUUUCAAUCGAAACACAUACAGUGACACAUACAGACACAUAACAUUUAUGUAUAUAUGUAUGUACAUUUGUUUGCACCAAAGUGCUGGUAAUAGACACUUCGCGAUUUGUCUUCCCCUUUAUUUUUUAUUCAUAGCCGGUUUAUUAAUGCCAUUUUAGACGAGUGCUCCGAGGUAAUUUUAAUUCGUCGAAGACGACUGCUCAUUUUUACCGAUAGGUAUAUCGAUACCUGCCUAAUUUAAAGUACGCGCCUAACUAUAUUAUCCGCUUCAAUCAACGACUUUCCCUUUAGUAUUAUAUUUACUAAACUUUUAAGUAUGUAGCGCUCGUAUUUUGCGAGGUGUAGCGUAUUAAUGCCUUGGUCAGAUUCGCGGGCGUCGUUCACACGACGCUUGACUUCUCGAUCGAGAAUGAAUCCAUUGAGAUGCUUUCAAUGUUGGACUAAAUCCACAAUAAUGACAAUUCAUAAUUGUGAGCGAUUAUUACAACGGUAAUCAAUGUCCAACUCAGAUCGAGAAGUUGGUAUCGAUGAGUUCGAUGAGAUUGAGUUCUGAUCAUCGUGUCCGUUUAGUAUUUUGUGCGUGUAGAAGCGUAAAAAUGAGACCAAUCAUGGAUGAAGACAUUGUAGAUCUCUGAGCUAUAGACAUUGGGAAGGCCACCAGUAAUAUUUUUAAAAGGAAAAGAAAAGUUUCAGAAUUCAGUAUUCUUCUGGCGGUAACCAUCUUAAUGUGCAAAAAUUUGCUUCGGUCAAUUUAAUGGAAAGAAAUUCCUCCAAAACAUUGUUCAAUUUUAAGUUACUCUUCUAAUGGAGGUACCUGACUUGUAGCCCCCGAUCUCAUGGUCUUCAUUCGGUCCAGAAAUGCGCAUCUCGAUGGAAAAUUCGCAUGUGUCGUGGUGUUUUUGUACUUUUCCGCGAACUCUUGGGUACAGAAGAAGAUACAAGGUUUUUUUCAGUGUACGUACGAGUAAAAGAUCAUAACGCGGUUACACUUAAUUGUUAAGCGAGAGAUAGAACGGUGAUCGCUCUGUUCUGAGACUUUUUUCUGUAACGGGUAUUGUUUCUGUGACUUUCGAAUUAAUUUGUGAUAUUUUUGCCAGUGUAUAUAGACGAACACGUGUCGCGGACGAACAUUGAACGGGGAAGCACAAAAUCUCUGAGCUCGAAAAAAAAAGAAACGUCUCACGCUUGAGAGAGGUCGUGGUCAGAGUACGGCGACCGAACGAAAGCGACAAUUGUAUCACUGCCAACUAACAAUGAACGAGCAACGUUAAACAAAAGUACACUUUGCACAUACAUCGAUAUAUUUUUCUAGACCUUGUACUUCGAGAGAACCGAAGGGCGGCGUGAAAUUUAGCAUGGAAAGUGGCUAACAGAAUAUUGUCAUGAUCGCCUAAUUGUUUAGAGCCAACGUUCCCUAAAUUACUUGGUUAAGCACAGAUAAUGAAACCAAAAUGCCUUAAAUGCAAACAAAAAUUGUUGCUCUGUAUGUGAACUAAAUUAAUCCAUUCGAGGAAAGGUGUUAAUUGUGUAGAGUUGUAUUUUGAAGUUAAUUUCAACGUUUAGAUCCAGAGGGGGGAAAUACUGAUUCGAAUGAUAUAUGACGAAGAGGAACAUCGUUUAGUGAUUUAUUUGCUACGUUGAACUCCGAUUAAAUUUUAUUUGAUAUUUGUAUAUGGACAAACUUUUAUCCAUCUCUGGUUUUGACUGUUUGAGAAUCAAUUUUGAAGAAGAAGAAAAUACAUAGAUAUAACGUGAUCAUGUAGGUUCUAUAGUAUAACUAAGAACAAUCAAUAGGUGAUGAACGUUCUUAAGGUACAAUAUUCAACUUACAUCACAUAAAAAGUAAAAUGAUAUAUAAAAGAAAUUAUUUUAUUAUUUAUUUUUUAUAAUGUAAGUUUGUUGUCAUUGAUUAUUCUUAAGUGUCGUAGUGCAACUUACAUUGUCACGAUCUAUUUGUGUACUUCUUUCUUUUCCAAUGCUUUCUCAACAAGAGGAUCUUAUUAAUGAAACUUAAAUUUUGACGUACAUCUUUAGAUGACUAACGACUUUCUCCGUGCCGAUUAAUUUACGAAACGCUUUAGGAUUUGCUAUACAUCGUUAAAACAAUUUCGCAGUCGAUCAACAUUUUUCUUCAUCGAUGUUACUCGACGAAAUCGCGUACGAACGUUUUCAGGGAUGUGAGUGGUAAUUAAUCUCUUGUACUAAACCCUCGUUCUUUUUAUUUUUUAAUUCGUGCAGAAUGUUGGUCGAACGACACAAAAACUUUAGACUGUGUAUCGAUCGAGUGGGCAAACCGAACGAUUGUGCAGACUUACCAAUGAUAAGUAUUAAAUUGUAUUGCCAAUAAAUAGAGGAUCUAUCGCGAAAACGUUAAUCAGCUCGUGCCCGUGUGAUACACCAAAUAAGGUAUCCCCGUUUAAUUCAGUAUUUUUCCUUGUUGUUACAUGGUAUUGUAAACAAAAUACAAGUAAUAUAAUCAACCCGA